AUAAGGCAGCAAGAGUAGAGAAGGUUAAGAUGAUUAUAUAUUUUGUGUGUAUGAGCAUUUCCUAGUACAAUUCUUCUUAGUUCGCCGACAAUAAUGUACCUUUUCCCUUUGCUCUGUCUCUCUCUAUAUCUUCUUCUCUGAUCAUUGUGUACUUCAUUCUUCUCUCUUCUUUUCUGUACUUUCUUCUGUCCCCAAAAAUCAUCUGGCUCUCUCUUACCAAACAUGGUGCAAUCAAAGAAGUUCAGAGGUGUCAGGCAGCGCCAUUGGGGUUCUUGGGUAUCUGAAAUUCGACACCCUUUACUGAAGAGGAGAAUUUGGCUAGGAACAUUCGAAACUGCAGAAGAGGCAGCUAGAGCUUAUGAUCAGGCUGCAAUAUUGAUGAGUGGACGCAACGCAAAAACAAACUUUCCAAUAACUCAAACCCCAAAUGGAGACCCUAAAUCCUCUACUGCUGACUCUUCCACAACAGCCACUUCUUCUUCUAAGAAUACUGCUACUACUACUGCACCUAAUGGUUUAUCUGAAAUCCUUCACGCCAAGCUUCGAAAAUGUAGCAAAACACCGUCGCCGUCAAUGACAUGCUUAAGGCUUGACACUGAGAAUUCUCAUAUCGGUGUAUGGCAAAAACGAGCUGGGCAAAGGUCUGAUUCCAACUGGGUCAUGACAGUGCAACUUGGAAAGCAAAACCAUGAAGUUUCUGAGGGUACAUUCCCGAUGGCUGAGUCAUCGAAUACUUUACCAGGGCCGCCGGAGCUGAGAACACAGAUGGAUGAAGAAGAAAGAAUUGCAUUGCAAAUGAUAGAAGAGCUUCUUAACAGGAAUUGCCCUAGUCCUCCGUUUGAAGUUCAAGAUGGUGAUGAUGAAGAUGAUGAUGAUGAUGAUGAUGAUGGUAGUGGUAGUUUUUUUCUUUAAAUCAAAGUAUGGUUUUUAUUUUUUUUGUUGUGUUUGUGUGUUGAGAGAUCAUUUGGUUAAAUUUUUUUCUUUGUGAUUGAAGGAGCAAAUUGAUGUGCUUUGUAUAGAGAUGCAUGUUCCAUUAAUUUGGACUAUAUAGUAUAUAUAGUCCAUUGAUUAAUUAGAACAUGCACCAAACACAAAAUUUCUGGAUUUGCUCUGGUAUAUAUUACAUUGAUAAUAAUGAUAAUAUUAAGUAUAUAUUCAUUUUUAUAUAUUUCAAGAAAACAAAAUGGGGUGGAGAAGAUAAUUGGGGUGUCAUUUGUGAAUGUAUAUUAAUUAAUAAUAAUGGAAUUAAUUGUGACUUCGUUUUACUUUA